GUGGCUAUACAUCGAUAGUAGAACUCUUUCUUCUCCAAGCAAAUGUACCAUGGAAUCAAAGAACACGGAAUUUUCGAGAAAUAUUCACAACCAGUUGCCGGGAUGCCUUUGUUAUCGGAACUUCUUACGCUACAAAACCAAGCAUGCCUUAUUAUGGACAUCUCAUUAUGAAUGCAACGUAUAGAGCACCUAUGGAUAUUAGGAACGAGAGUCGUCUUAUUUUCGCAGAGAGGGGUAACGGACAGACAAGAAUAGAAAAGUUAACUGAUCCUAACCAAAUGAAAUUCACCAACAAUGGCAUUUUCUUUGUCAGCGAGGGUAGGACGGGUCUUGUUAUCAGAGUGCGUGCAAAAGGUCGAAAAACUAUUAACACAGAUAUCAUAACUUCAAUGCAAACGGUUCUUUACGAAAAAUAUAAAAGGAAUGAAGAUAAAGUUGUUGCUUUAGGUGGUGUUUUAAAAAUGACAAACGGAAGUGUGGCGUGUAAUCUUAUGUGGGACGAUUAUGAGGAGCCGUUAGAAUCAUUUGGUGAUAUUAUUAGAAGUCAGCAAUGUGCCGAGAUACAUCUAGAGUCAGAUAUGAUAGCCGUUGGUAUAAUUACUAAUGAUAUGCCACAACUAUCUGAAGAACAGCGUUACGGUGUU